AUGCCGCUCAACGCCAAAGCUGUAUACACCCGGGUGAAUGCGGACUUUGUCCCAUUUGCCAGUCGACGGAGCACCGUCCACAGCACCAAGGGCAUCGUAUCAUGCAGCCAGCCUCUAGCUGCAGCUGCAGGUCACCGUAUCCUGAGUCAAGGUGGCAACGCUGCAGAUGCUGCUGUUGCCGUGGCCGCCGGACUCAACAUGACUGAGCCCUGCUCUACGGGCAUUGGAGGUGAUAUGUUCUGUCUCUUCUACAACGCCAAGACCAAGAAAGUGCAUGCGCUCAAUGGCUCAGGCCGGUAUCCCCGUAGUGCCAGCCUAGAGAAAAUCCGCAAGGACCUCGGUCUAGCUCCCGGAGCACCGGGAAAUAUACCCAUGUUGAGCGCUCUCGCUGCGACUACGCCCGGAGCGGCUGCUGGAUGGGUAGAUACGAUUGAGAAGUUCGGCAGCGGCAAGUUGUCACUCAAGCAGAUUCUACAACCCGCAAUUGAACUUGGCGAGGAGGGAUUCCCUGUCUCGGAGCUUUCAUCUCAGGGUUGGCAAGAUGCUGAGAAGCACAUCCGCAAUGCAUCCCCCAACUUCCGUGAAAUGCUCAAGGUUGAUCCUUCCGCUGAAGAUGGCGUGCGAGCUCCAUAUCCAGGCGAGGUUAUGAAGAAUCUAACUCUAGCCAAGACCUUCCGCGCACUUGCUGAAGAGGGCAAGAAAGGUUUCUACCAAGGCCGUAUUGCAGAAGCCAUUGUCAAAGUCGUACAGGAUCGAGGCGGUUACAUGACACUUGAGGAUCUAGCCGCUCAUGCCGAGAUCGGGAGCCAAGAGGUUGACGCAAUCUCACUCAAAUUCACCGGCCAGGACAUCGUCUCCAAGGCCACUCCCGGCACCGAUGGCGAGGCCAACCAGGGUGUUGAGAUCUGGGAACACCCGCCCAAUGGCCAGGGUAUCGUAGCGCUCAUGGCGCUCGGAAUCAUGGAAGAACUGGAGAAAUCAGGCAAAAUCCCCAAAUUUACCCAAUCCCAGCACAACUCAACCGAAUAUCUCCACGCUGUGAUCGAAAGUCUGCGCAUCGCCUUCGCUGAUGCACGCUGGUGGGUAACAGACCCCGAUGUGGAACACGUGCCAUCGCAAGGCCUGCUAGACCGCGCGUAUCUCGCCGAACGGGCGAAGUUGUUCACGCCAGAACGCGCAGCGGAUAUCAUGGACCACGGUAGUCCAGCGCACAACCACUGCGACACGGUAUACUUUGCAGUGACCGACCAAGAAGGCAACGGUAUCUCCUUUAUCAACAGUAACUACGACGGCUUCGGAACCGCUAUUAUCCCUGCAGGAUGCGGCUUCACGCUACAGAACCGGGGUGUGAAUUUCUCGCUGCAAGAAGGUCAUCCCAAUGUCCUGGCUCCGAACAAGCGACCCUACCACACCAUCAUCCCUGCUUUGAUCACCAACAUCGCUGAUGGCUCGUUGCAUUCCGUGUAUGGUGUUAUGGGUGGCUUUAUGCAGCCACAGGGCCAUGUGCAGGUCUUGCUCAAUAUGCUUGCUUUCGGAUAUCAUCCCCAGGCAGCGCUUGACUCGCCGCGCUUCUGCCUUGCCGCGCCGACGGAUGAGAGUACUGACCGUACCGUGUGGGUUGAGGAGGGUAUUAGUGAUGAUGUUGUGGAGGGACUCCGUGGUCUGGGUCACAAGGUCGAGGUGUUGACUGGUUGGAAGCGUGCUACCUUUGGGCGUGGCCAAGUCAUUCGCUCGUACUAUGAUGAGGGCAAGAUGGUUUAUGCUGCGGGCAGUGAUAUGCGCGGCGAUGGGAUGGCAUUCCCUCUGCUGUAA